CAGAGAGCGGUAGUGGCGCUUCCAGCAAGCUCAGUGGAGCAGCGGACAGCAAUCCCCCUCUCUGCUCGGAGAGGUCGUUCCCCAGGACCAUGCUGAACGUGCUGCUGCUGUGCUGUGGGCUGCUGCAGGGGAUCCAGGCUGUCCUGGAUCUCAGGACCGCUGACCUCAGCUGUGGCCACCUGCAGAAGGCAAGCGGCGGGCUGGAGGGGGUGGACAGAGCCCGCCACGCCAGCCUGCAGCGGAAAGUCAAGGAGGUGUCUGCGGAGCCGGCAGGAGCUCUGCCAAGGCUGGGGUUUGAGCAGAUGGCCUUGGGCGUCCAAGAAGCUGAUGGUGACCUUGUGCAGAGAGGCAGCCUGCUGGAGCCACAGGCAUCAUCCACAGAACUGCAAGCUGAGGGCCGUGAGGAGCGCUCCCCCCGCCGCUGCGUCCGUCUCCUGGAGUCCUGCCUCGGCCACCAGAUCCCCUGCUGUGACCCCUGUGCCACCUGCUACUGCCGCUUCUUCAACGCCUUCUGCUACUGCAGGAAGAUCAGCACCAACUUCCCCUGCGGCAAGAACUAGCGCCCGUGGGGCUGCCAGCCCCUCGCCCCUGUGUGUGCCUCCUUCUGUGCAGCUCCAAUAAACCAGCCCUUCGCAAAAGCCA